UUAAUGUGACGCAUACACCCAUCAGCUGUUUUUGUUUUGUUGUGUGACCAUCAGUGAAGUUAAUAACACAGUAAUGCUAUAUAUACAGAAUGAAAAUGUUGAAUCAUUAAGGUCUUGUGAAAUGAUUAUCAUCGUUAUAUAUUUUAUAUGUUGAUGGUAUGGCACGUUCGUGACAUUUGAAAGAUCUCGUCCAAACAUUGUGUUCUACCUCAAGUGUGUGCGCGUGGCACUUGGUGUAAAGCGGAGAAGAGGGGUUUUGGUAAAGCGGAUUUCGGGAGUGAGGGUAAGCGAUCCAAACCAGAGGCCUCUCACAACUGCAGAAUCAAAAGAAGAAUAAUCGUUGCCGAUGGAGUCUCCGGAGCCAGUCUGCGAGGGAGGGCAGCCCGGGUUGAUCUGCGCGUCGUUUAACCAGGACACCACUUCUCUGUCCAUGGGCACCAAGACCGGCUACAGGCUGUUUUCUAUCACCUCGGUGGACAAAAUGGACUCCAUCCACGAGGGAGUGGAGUGCCCGGAGGUGUACAUCGUGGAGCGGCUGUUCUCCAGCAGCCUAGUGGUGGUGGUCAGUCUGGCCACGCCGCGACGCAUGAACGUCUACCACUUCAAGAAGGGCACGGAGAUCUGCAACUACAGCUACUCUAACAACAUCCUCUCGGUCCGGCUCAACAGACAGCGUCUGGUGGUGUGUCUUGAGGAGUCCAUCUACAUCCACAACAUCAAGGACAUGAAACUGCUGAAGACCUUGCUCAACACACCCUCCAACCCCACGGGUCUCUGUGCCCUCUCCGUUAACCACGGCAACUCCUACCUGGCCUACCCUGGCAGUGCCACCAACGGGGAGAUCAUCGUCUACGACGCCAACAACCUGAGCAACGUGACUAUGAUCCCUGCGCACGACAGUCCCCUGGCCGCAGUCACCUUCAACACAUCUGGGACCAAGCUGGCAAGUGCCUCAGAGAAGGGGACUGUGAUCAGGGUCUUCACUGUACCUGAAGGACACAAGCUAUUUGAGUUCCGUAGAGGCAUGAAAAGGUAUGUGAGCAUCAGCUCGUUGUCCUUCAGUGCAGACGGACAGUUCCUGUGUGCCUCCAGCAACACUGAGACUGUCCACAUCUUCAAACUGGAACAGCACACUCCCAAUCAGGAGGAAGAGUCUCCCACGUGGUCGGCCUACGUGGGCAAGAUGUUCACAGCGGCCAGCACCUACCUGCCCGCCCAGGUGUCCGACAUGAUGCACCAGGACCGAGCCUUCGCCACCGUGCGCCUGGACAUGAUCGGCCUGAAGAACGUCUGCGCCAUGGCCACGGUCCAGAAGCUUCCCCGGCUGCUCGUGGCCUCCUCCGACGGCCAUCUUUACAUCUACAACGUGGACCCACAAGAUGGAGGGGAGUGUGUCCUGGUCCAAAAGCACAAUUCAUCCAGGCCCCAGUGGUGUAAUCGGUUGUUUGAAAGUGUUGAGGAAUCCGCUGAAAAGCCGGAAGACUCCGAGCUGGAGGAAGUCCCGCCCCAACCGUCCAGCCAAUCAUACGCUGCCACCGUUGCGCUUUCUUCCACGCCACCGUCUUCGUCCACUCUCAUGGGUUACUCGGAGGACGGUGGGGUGAAGGGGGAUGUGAUCCCAGAACAUGAGUUCGCCGAAGGACCCGUCUGCCUGGACGACGAGGAUGAGUUUCCUUCCUUCAGCCCCUAGAGUGACUGACUGACUGACUGACUGACUGACUGACUGACUGACUGACUGACUGACUCCAACCCCCAGACAGACCCCUAAACAAUAACAAUUCUGUUUGAGCCGAUUUUGAAGGAAGAAUGGCAGUGUGCAAUACACACCCAAAUAUGGUGUUUCCUCUCUGGAUCCAUUUCUACCCUUGCUGGCCUAGGGUUCUGUGACCCCCCCCCUUACACACACCUCUGUAUCCGUCCUGUUUGUACAGAAAAGUCAUGAUACACUUUAAACAAUUGAUAGCAUUUCAUGCUGUUUGACCCUGAAUCCUUUGACAACCAAUCAGAGGAAAACACAAAUCAGAGCUUCAGAGACAUUUUCGGACUAUUCCUGCCUGUGUGAAGAGUCCUACCCACAUUGUUGUCGCCUGAACUGAUUCCCAUCUGUGGGCCAGUCUAAGUCCUGUCCCACUCUGGUGUCCCCUGAAUCUUUCCAAAGGCCGGUGUUUCUAAGGCUGCUACUCCAACACAUUUCGACAAAUUCAAAUCUGUCGUUAUCUCUCUAAAUAUAUGAUAUAUAAUAUAUAAUAAAUCAACACCUGAGCUGAACACGUGAUGAAUUAUAUGGGAGAACUGAUGUGCGGUAAGUCACAAAAUGAGCUAUAAGCAUAUCCUCUCCAGUAGACAUUUUUCCAAAAUCUCAGUACAAGAAUCUAUCAGGAUUCUGAGAGAUUGUUUUCACAAAUGUUCUGACCAGUUUCUCCAUUACGUUAGCCGAGAUUGAGGAUUUUGUAGAUGAUACUGGUUCUGUAAUGCCCCCCGGCUGCCGCUAUGAUGCCAGUAAUGUCUUCUUCUGACAACGAUACUCUGAAUUUGAGUGUCUGAUGGAAAGCCAAUAUAUUUUGUUAUUAGAAGGUGCUUAAUGUUAUAUUGGUGAUGGGACCGGUUGGGCGUUGGCUGAAAUACUUGGUACAAAAUCUUUCUAUGAGAUUUAUGAGAUAGUUAAAGGUCAUUAUAUUGAAUUAUUUUAGCAAUUAAAAGCAUUUUUAUUUUAAACAACCUGACAUAAUUAACGUUAUUUUGAAGUAAGUAAGUAUUACACAACACAGACUUAUAGAAUGAGUCGAUGUUGAAGAUGAUUCUAUUGUUUGAAUAAUAUGUAUAUAAAGCAUCUAUCUGUAUAGUAGGACUACAGCUGUAAACUGUAACCUGUUUGUCGUUCGUCUGAUUUGCCAAAAGGGGGCGCUGUAGAGACGUUAAUGUUUUUUGCGAGUGUACCGCUUGAUAUGAGCCAGACAAAAUAAAUCUGUCUACCCCGG